ACAGGCGUUGAUAAGAAGGGGGCAGGAAAGGCCCAGGAGGAACUCAAUGGCUGGGCAUCAAGGUUGAAAACCUGGCAUUGCUGUGGAGAGACAAGAGCUAGGUUGGCGGGGCACGAAAUUGUCCUGGCCGAAGAUUGCAGAUGGCACCCCACUUGAGAAAGGCAUCGGGGACGCCGCUCGCCUUCCUGCCUUCGUGGCUGGUGGGAAGCCCAGACUUCCCGAUGGGUCAGCUCUACCUGUUGGUCGCUCUCUUCCUGGCGGAGAUGGUGGGUAGCCGCGUGACGGCCUCGCUUCUUCUGCAGACCUGUGCUUUCCACACCUUGGAAGGCGCCCUGGCCUUGACGGUCCGCGUGAUGGACGCCCGGCUUGGCACGGAAGGCACUUACGCCAGCUGGAAGAAUACCUUUGGGUGGUCGCGAGCCCCCGUCGCCGGGACUCUGGUCAGCGGCGUGUUGCUCAGCGCGUUGUGCGUGGCUCUGGUGGCCGAGGGUCUUCGGAGAUUGGCAGAGCCCCAGCUUACCCAGCACCCGCUGGCGCUGAUGGGCAUGGGGGCGCUGGCCAUCCCCAUCCAUCUGGCUAGGGAAGGUUUGCCCUGGAAAGCGCCCGCUAAGAUGGACGUCGGUCCCUGCUGUAGCAGACACAGGCCGGUGCCAACGGCAAAGCAGGAAACGGAAGAUCUUCUGGGCCACGGAUCGUCAACCAACAGUCAACCUUGGUUGGUCAAAGAGAAGGAGGGAAAUACUGCGUCGGCUGCAGGACCGUGGCGGACUCUUUAUCUCGGAUGGAUGGUGGCUUGUUUUGGACCUGUGGCGGUUUUCCUGCAUUCUCUCACGAUCCACCUCUGGUGGACUCCAUGCCUGGGACACGACGCGACGUGUCUCGAUCCCUGCCCAAAGAACCCCUGUCAAUCCUGGGGAACGUCUGACGUCCUGCCACCGCUGUCUGUGGAUUGUUGGCUGCUCUACUUGGAUCCCGGGCUGGCUAUGCUGGUCGCCGUGGCCUUCCUGGGUUUGAUCUGGCCUACCUUGCGGGCCUCAGCCCUGGUCCUCCUCCAAGCCAUGCCGGAAGAUCUGGAUCUGUGGCUCCUGGAGAGACACCUCCACGCCACGGAAGGGGUGGCCGCCGUGCGGGAGCUCCGGAUCUGGCAGCUGGACGGCUGCAGCCGUUUGGUGGCCACGGCCCACGUGGUCUGUCUCGACGUGGCGUCUUUUGAGCCGGUGAUUCAGAGGGUCAAGCAAGUGUUCUGCGAACACGGCAUCCACGCCGUCACGGUGGAACCGAACUUGGGGAUGGACCCAAAUAAGGAACGGUGGGAAGAGUCCGGCCAGGGCCCCCUUAAGAGGCAGCUGUGUCCAAAUCCUGCAGAGAUGCUGGAGUUUGAGACCUGUGUAUGAAAGAGGGGAGGGGAGGGGAGGGGAGGGGAGAGAGGAGAGGAGAGGAGAGGAGAGGAGAGGAGAAGAGAAGAGAAGAGAAGAGAAGAGAAGAGAAGAGAAGAGAAGAGAAGAGAAGAGAAGAGAAGAGAAGAGAAUCGUGUACAACCGUCUACUACCAUAGAUAAACAGUUAAGAAGUCGAAUGAAUGAAUGAAUGAACAAAUGAACGAACAAACGAUUGAAUGAACGAACAAAUGAAUGAAAUGAAUGAAUGAAUGAAUGAAUGAAUGAAUGAAUGAAUGAUGAAGUCACCAAACUGGCAUUUAUGUGGGUAACCGUGUUUUAACUGAGUUUAGUUCUGUAAGUUUUAGCAGUAUGUGGGGAAGAGAUGGGGCUCACGGAAGAGUUAGAUAAGAGGCAGCUGAGCCCUCAGCUACAUAAUGAGUGGGAGAAAAAAGCCCAGAUGGGAUCUUCCCUAAUUUCUUAGCGAGAGAGUUGUACUUUCAGACUCACAAUUGUGUUAACCGAGAUUCACAAUAAAGUAGAUUUCGCUCAUCUGGUCAUGAA